GGUCAACAGUACCUCGCAUUUAUCAGCAAGACGCUUGCGGAAACGCUGGACGAUGUACCUGUUGCAGGUAGACCUCGCUGGUUCCAGCAGGAAGGAGCACCACCUCACUGUUCUCGGGAAGUCACUGCUUACCUAAAUGAGCAGUUUCCUGGACGUUGGUUUGGUCGCUAUGGCCCGCUUCACUGGCCUGAACGUUCCCCUGAUUUGACUCCGCUAGCCUUUUUCCUUUGGGGCUAUCUAAAGGAUCAAGUCUACGAGUCAGAGCCAGAGAGCGAGGUGGACUUAGUAGCGCGACUACAUGCAGCCGCAGCCAACAUGGAUGCUGAAAUGCUCCAACGUGUUAAGGUGGAGGUCCUCAGGAGGGUUCAUGCCUGCGUGGCUGCUGGAGGAGGCCAUUUCCAGCAACAGCCAGCAUGAAAAUCCAUCACAAUCGGCCCUUUUCAGGGCCACCAAAAAUUUAACGUGGCACAGCAAAACAUUUCGAAGGCAAGAGGACGUAGAGAGCCUCUCAUGUGGGUCGAUGGAUAAGGGUGAUUUCGGAGGGAUGAUUUGACCUCAGACUCAUUUCUCAACCCCUUCCUUCAUUGUGUGAAAAUUUCAAGCCACCCGAUACGUGCGGGGGUGCGUCUUCCCCUCUCGCAAAUGUUUAAUUUUCCUCAAUCCGUGCGAAGUGAGAGCAAAAAAUGGAAAACAAAAUACUCAUCCCUCUUUUGGAGACAUAAUUUGGACUCAGACUCGUUUCUCAACCCGUUCCCUUCAUUUCGUGAAAAUUUCAACCUCCCCGAUACGUGCGGGGGUGCGUCGUCCCCCCUCGCAAAUGUUUAAUUUUCCUCAAUCCGUGCGAAGUGAGAGCAAAAAAUGGGAAAAAAAUACUCAUCCCCCUUUUGGAGGCAUGAUUUGGGCUCAGCCUCAUUCCUCAACCUCCUAACUUCAUUGUGUGGAAAAUUUAACCUCCCCGAUACGUGCGGGGGUGGCUUCCACCCCCUAACAAAUGUUGAAUUUUCCUCAAUCCGUGCCAAGUGAGAGUAAAAAAUUGGGAAAAAAUACUCAUCCCCUUUCCGAAGGGAUGAUUUGGGCUCGUAUCCGUUCCAGUAAAUGAUUUUGAUAAUUGUAAAAAAUAAAUAUUCUCCCCAGAAUUUAGUAGUUCAAUCCAGGGGAAAAAAGUCAGGUCAAAAAAAAGCUCGGGUCCAAAAGUGGAAGAGGAACUUUCCACUUCAAAAAGCACCCUCUUCGCUUUUACGCUAGCAGGAAAAAGCUCGGUUGUGGGACACCCUCCGUACCAAUCUGUAAAAGAUACUUGGAUAUCCUCAAGGUUUCUUACAAGAAGUCUUGAGGAAAUCCCUAUCCUCUUUCCAUCAUUCUUUAGAACUUAUCACAAAGAAAAAAAGUUUUGAUUUUCAGGGACAUGUCACUGAUUUUUAGUAACGUGUCACUGAUUUCCAGGAAUUUACACCCAAUUAUUAGAAAUUCGCGAUUGUGCACUUCAGUGAGUGCAAAAUUCUGAAAUUCAGUGAUUUUUUCACCUAUUUUCAUAGCAAUGUCACUGCUUUUCAGGAACCCAUCACUAAUUCUUAGAAAUCUAUCACAAAACUUCAGUAAUAAAAAUCACUGAUGAUCAGGAUCAUCAUAGUCAAUGUCCAGGACCACCAAUAACUGAUAAUUGAUUCCUAAAAAUCGGUCACAUGUCCCUAAAAAUCAAACGAUUUUUUUUUCUAUGAUUCUUUAGAAAUUUUCAAAAAUGAUGAGCAAUAACACAGCUGAAUGUUCAUUGAUACUGAAAGGUCAUGUUUUUAGUGAAAGUUCAAGUAGAGGAAUUCUCUUCUUCCUGCUCAAAAAUCUCGAAUUACAUUGAAUUUAUUUUCUAUGAUUUUUUAAAAAUCGUUUAAAAACAAGCGCCAAGCAGAUACUCGGAAUGCUUAAUCCAUUAGAAUUAUCUCCCCAGUACAUGAGCCUCUCGCGUAAGUGUGUUAUUCAGCAUGAAGAUAUUUAAUAGUAUCUGUAAGUUGAUCCGAAGUACUUCAAGCCGCAGAGGCCCCAGCCAAUCCCCGUCUGCGCGAAGCCGUACUCUUUCCCCUGCUCGCCUCAAGUAUCAUGCCAAUGCCAUACACUCUGUUAUGGAGUGGAAGACCGUCGCAGUGACAGCGCUGGUGAUAAGCCUUGGUUUUUUGGCUAUUCCGAUCAAAGUACCGCCGGACACAAGUACUGAGGACGUUCAUUUGUUCGAAACUUACGUUUCUUAUUAUAAUAAGUCUUAUCGGCAUGAUCCGGAGGAGUACGGCAGGAAAUUCGGGAGAUUUCAACGAUCACUUCGUCAAAUCGAACGGAUGAAUCGGCUGCGGUCGACGCAAGAAAGUGCUUACUACGGAUUGACAGAAUAUUCCGAUCUCUCGGAGGAGGAAUUUCUGAGUCUCACGUUGCGCCCGGAUUUAUCAGUCCGAGGUGAGCGCCACAGAAAUGACUGUCCUCAUCGCCGGAAACAUGGCGCACACGAGGAACACCUGAAUCGUAUUAAAAGACUGAUCAAGAUCCCUCAGAAGCUCGACUGGAGGGCAAGAGGCGUUGUCACUCCGGUGAGGGCCCAGGGAUCCUGCGGGGCCUGUUGGGCCUACACUGUAGUCGCAUGCAUCGAAUCUAUGGUUGCCAUUAAAAAUGACACAUUGCGCUCCUUCAGUGUGCAAGAGAUGAUCGACUGCGCCGGGAACGGGAACUUUGGGUGCAAUGGGGGAGAUAUUUGUAGCCUGCUUUCCUGGCUGGAGGAUAAUGGGGUUCCAAUUCUGGCGGAGAGUUCUUACCCGGUGACUGGCACAGCCGGUACUUGCUUGUUGGAUAGAUCGAAAACGUCAACGGUGAGAGUUGCGGGCUUCGCGUGUAACAGUUACGUUGAUUCCGAAGAAGAACUCAUAUCAACACUUGUCAAUCAUGGACCAGUUGCUGCGGCGGUCAAUGCCCUCACGUGGCAGAACUACCUGGGCGGUAUCAUACAAUUCCACUGCGAUGGUGCAUUCUCAAUGUUGAAUCACGCUGUCCAAAUAGUGGGAUACGACACCAGUGGACCAAUACCUUUCUACAUAGUUAGAAAUUCUUGGGGACCCUUGUUCGGUGAUGAAGGGUACCUGUACAUCGCAAUUGGAAAGAACAUAUGCGGCAUUGCGAAUCAGGUUGCAGCAGUGGAUGUCAUUCUUUAGUUUAUUGUAUAUUACAAGAGGGAGGAUGUACCAUCAGUGUAUUCUAUUCUUACGUGUGUAAAACGACUGGAGUUAUGGGGAAAAAUAUUUGUUGAAUUCCAACAAUCAUUCGUCGACAUUUAAGAAUGAGUUGUGCACCCGGAAAAAUUAUUUAUUUGAUUCAAAUAAAUAAGUUUAUUUUACUAGUACUAAAUCAAUUUUUUUUUCAAAUU